AUGUCAGGGUCUGCUGACCGCGAGCCCGUCUUUCCGACCCGCCAGUCGCUGGGUCUGAUGAAGGGGAAGUUGAAGGGUGCGGAACAAGGCCACAGUCUUUUGAAACGUAAAAGUGAAGCACUGACAAAGCGCUUCCGAGAAAUCACGCGACGAAUUGAUGAAGCCAAAAGGAAAAUGGGCCGUGUGAUGCAAAUCGCGGCUUUCUCCCUCGCAGAGGUUUCAUACGCCGUUGGUGGUGACAUUGGUUUUCAGAUCCAGGAGUCCGCCAAGCAGGCGCGCUUUCGAGUACGGACGAAGCAGGAGAACGUCUCAGGUGUCCUUUUACCGCAGUUUGAGAGUGUAACUGCCGAAGGGAGCAACGACUUUGGCCUGACUGGGCUUGGCAAGGGAGGCCAGCAGGUCCAAAGAUGUCGAGAGACAUACGCCCGGGCCGUUGAGACACUCGUGGAGCUCGCAAGCUUACAGACCGCUUUCGUGAUCCUAGACGAAGUGAUCAAAGUAGUAAACCGCAGAGUUAAUGCAAUGUACGGGACUCCUAGAUUGGAAACCUCGCGUCCAAGUCACUGUGAGCACGUCAUCAUCCCGCGAACUGAAAAUACGAUUAAAUAUAUCAACUCAGAGCUAGAUGAACUAGAUCGGGAGGAAUUCUACCGACUAAAAAAGGUAAGAGGUUUAUCAGUUAUUCAACCCAUUUACUAA